ACUCGAACAUUGCACUUACCAAAUCUUGUAGAUAAUGCAGAACGACGAUAUUUUUGAGCAAGUCCUUUGUCGUAUUCGUAGAUGCUACGUUUACAAGAUUCCCCCACGAAAUACGGGUAUGGGAUACCGUGCUGCUGGUUGGACGAACCAGAUUUGGAUGGGCUCUCUGACUGUCGUUCUCAGAGGCAAGAGCUGCUUCGUGGAGCUCAUUGACGACAACAAGAAGGUGUUUGCUUCUACGAUGAUUCGUGAUGAUGGUCCUUCUGUGAUCGAGCCCGUGCUGGAUUCUUCUCGUUACUUCGUGAUGAGAAUCGAGAAGGAUCGCAAGAAGGCUUACAUUGGUGUCGGUUUCCAGGAGCGUUCGGAGGCUCUGGACUUCAAAAUUGCUCUGCAGGAGUACAAGAAGUACCUGGAUGAGCCCGAGUACGAGGAUGACAGUGAGGAGCAGGACUACUCUCUGCAGGAGGGAGAGACGCUUCACGUGGAAGUGUCCAUCAAGAACAAGAAGAGACACAACAAACGCAAGGUCGAAGACGCCAUUGAUGUUGAUGAGAACGGCACCUUGGCUCCUCCUCCAGAGACUGGACGUCGUCGCAGAGCGCGUGGUAGCCGCAGAAAGGCUGCGGAGGAAGAGGAAGACAUGAUGGCUGCAGCUCCUGCGGCGGCCCCGAGAGCGGCCCCGAUGGCUCCGAUGGCCCCAAUGGCUCCGAUGGCUGCUCCGGCUUCGACUGAUUUUGAGUGGGAUCGUGUACGGAUGGUAUGA